AUGAGUCUAUCAAGCCUCAAAGCAUAUCUGUGGACUCUGGCGUCCAAAGAGCCAUUCUACGAGUGCUUGGGUCCGCCAAGUGACUACGUUCUUCAGGGUAUUUCUGCUCUUACGGCCGAAGGGGAAUACUUUUACAAUGAAAAUUGCACGUUUUCUGGUCUCCAACUUAUGCUUCCCUUGAUGCGUCUGGAGAAAGUGGCCGAUGACAGUCAGACUAUUGAACAGAAUAAGCAAAAUGCGAUGAUUGCAAAGAUUUCCACAAUCUCGCAAGCUGACCUCAACGCUGCUGCAGAAGCCCGCUCCGAGGUGGCUUGGACGCGUCAGCGUCUUCUCAGCAUGGCGGACGCGAACGUCACGCGUUUAAAUGCAGGCGGUCCUGUUGCUGUAGCCCACUACCUCACUGCUGCUGCACAGCAGCCUAAGCUGACCACCUCUCUCCAGCGUUGCCUGCGUCACAUUCCUCAUCUCACAAUUUCUGCCAUCUGCGUCGAUUGCUCCGACCCCCCUCAACAACACCUCCUCGCCCUCAAUCUACCCAAAGAAGUGACUGUAGCGUCCGCAAUUAAGGAGAUCGUGGACGCACAAACUCGCCUUGUGAAGGGGGAGGUCGGUUGUCAUGACCUGGACCCUGCGUCGAAGUAUCUUCUCAAAGUGUGCUGCUCCCAGGAGUACCUGUUUGACCCGGAGAGUGCUCUAAUACACUACAUGUACGUACAAGAGUGUUUGGAGAAGGGUGAAAUUCCUCGUUUGACGCCAGUUCUUCUCGAGGACGUUCUUGACUGUCUCGGGCUUCCACCACUGGAGACACCCGGCACCACUGAGUAUAGGCCGGCCACGACUCUCACCCAUCUGCCUUCCGUCAUCGAACUCCAUGGCGAAGGUGAUGUGGAGGCGACCACGGAUGUGUGGGACCUGCGGGACUACUUCUCUCUGACUGUGCGCAGCGCCCAGAAGUCGGCGGUUGGGGUAGAUGCUCCGACACGAGUGACG